GACUUUGUUGUGUAGUGUGUUGGCAGUGCAAAACAACUCAUCAACACCAGAGUUAAAAGUCCAGGCCUUGCAGAGGAAACAAAGACCCCAAAUUCCCCAAUAAAUUGCGUUUGCUCAGGGCAGCGAGGCGAGAAUGUGGUCAUUAUUCUCUCGUGAUCCAACAAGCUCCUUUGCCUAUGAAAUUGGGGAGGCUGUGGAGCACACGAGAUCUGUGUGGAAGAUACACCGUGGUAAGAAAAAGCAAAAUGGAGAUGAAGUGAGUGUGUUCAUAUGUGAGGGCAGAGAUGGCACUACAGCGCAACUUGACAUUGCAAAAGCAGCAGUAAAGAGGUUGAAAACUCUCCGUCAUCCAUGUAUACUCACUUACAUUGACAGUCUUGAGAAUGAAAAAUUGGUGUAUUUGGUGACUGAGCCCGUAACACCACUCCUGACCUGGUUGAAAGAUAGUGCCCUUAGUCCAUCACACCGCACCAAUGCCGUGUCCUGGGGGCUCUUGCAAGUCACAAAAGGCCUCAGCUUCCUCAACAAUGACGGAAAACUGAUACACUAUAAUGUAUGUGGAAGCAGUGUUUUUGUGACCCCUGGGGGAGAGUGGAAGCUUGGGGGGGUAGAGUAUGCCAGCUCAGACUCCUCCAUGUUCCCAGUCAAGGUGCUGCCUGAGCUUGAGGUCUAUAAUCCGCCUGAGAAGGUUAAUCCAUCAAAAAUGAGAACAACGACCAUGUGGGCAGCUGAUAUGUGGGGGCUUGGAUGUCUGAUCUGGGAAGUGUUCAAUGGACAUCUAGACGAAUCAUUUUCCCUCAAGAACACACAGAAAUUGCCCAAGAAUCUGAUAGAGACUUACGCAAAGUUAGUUGGCACAAACCCAGGAGCUAGACCAAAUCCUAGGGACGUUGUCGAAGAUCUCCGCAAGCCUGGGCAGUUCUUCCGGAACGAUCUUAUCGAAACCCUCCUGUUCUUGGAGGAGAUUCAAUUAAAGGAUGCUAAUGAAAAGCACAAGUUCUUUGCUAAUUUGACUCCAAAGCUUGAAAACAUCCCCAACUACAUUGCGACAAACAAGAUCUUGCCGACUGUGAUAUCUGCCCAUGAGUUUUCCAAUGUGGGAUCAGUAGUUUUAAGCCCCCUUUUCAAGAUAGGCAAGUUAUUAGAUGAGGCAGAGUAUCAGCGACAGAUUCUCCCAACGGUAGUGAAGCUGUUCUCGUCCAGUGAUCGGGCCACCAGACUAAAGCUUCUCCAGCAGAUGGAAAGCUUAGUGGAAUACAUGGAUCCGAAGACCGUGAAUGACCAGGUGUUCCCCCAACUUGCCACAGGCUUUUCUGAUUCCAAUCCCACAAUCCGUGAGCAGACUGUAAAGUCCAUAAUGUUCUUGGCUCCAAAACUUAAUUAUCAUAACCUGAACAUAGAGGUCUUGAAACAUUUUGCCCGUUUGCAGUUAAAGGAUGAACAGGGAGGAAUUCGUACCAACACUACAGUAUGUUUAGGAAAAGUGGCUCAGUACUUACACCCAGAUAUCAGACAAAAGUGCCUGACAUCAGCAUUCACUCGAGCCAUGAGAGACCCUUUCCCUCCGGCACGAAUAGCAGGAAUUAUGGCCAUUGCAGCCACACAGCAGUAUUAUCCUCUUCAAGAAGUAGUUACCAAAAUCCUUCCAAGCCUUUGCCACCUGACCCUAGAUCCUGAAAAGUCAGUUCGUGAUGCCGUUUUCCGAGUGCUAAAGGGCUUCCUCAGCAAGGUUGAGAAAGUAUCAGAGGAUCCAUCACUCAAAGAAGUUAUGGAAGCGGAAGUGAAAAGUGCUGCCGCAACUUCACAGACAACAUGGACAGGCUGGGCAGUUGGUGCUAUUACUUCCAAGUUCUAUAAGACUUCAUCUGGUGGAGCUCAGCCACAGAAGCAGACUUCCACCUCGUCAUCUGGCACUGUUACUCCAUCUACCAAAACAAGCAGUUUGGCUUCCACUCCCUCCCAAGGUCGUGCUUCCAGCAACACUCCUACCAGUGCUGCUCCAAAUGAAGACGACAAGUCAGAUUAUGAAGACUGGGAAAAUUCUGAGUGGCAGAGUAUGGAUGAUGGCCUAGACACGAAACCAAUUCAGUCCCGUACUGCAUUGCCAAAAUCCACCACUGUGUCAGAAGCUUUAGCUGAUGUGGGUGAUAUGGAUGGGGGUGAUGGCUGGGGGGAUGACACUGAAGAGUGGGGUAGCCUAGAGGAUACCCAGCACGGGGACAGCCUUGGUGGAGGUGAACUUGAGCCAGAGUCCAAGUUCAGAUCUACGGCUUCCUACAACUGGGAAUCCUCAGGACCAGCCGAGGACACUGAUGACUUCUUCUCCUCGCUGGUUUCUGGUAAUGAGGGAAAGUCUGGAAGUGUGUCCCAGAGAAUGACAAAUAUGUCAUUGCAGAGUCCAACCAGUGGUGGUUGGGAUGACUGGGAUGCGAAAUCACCAGCAGAGUCUAGUAACACUGGAGGAAAUAGUAAGUCCGAUGAACAACGGCGGCUGCGGGAAGAGAAACGGCUACAGAGGCAGAAGGAAAUUGAGGCAAAGAGAGCAGCUCGUAUGGGACCCAUGAAACUAGGUGCUAAAAAGAUGUAGAGUUUCAAGUUACAAACUUCUUAUGUUAUGGACCAAAGUUUUUGUUUGAAACAUUUUUAUUCUCUUUCUUUAUGUUUUUUUGUAUUGUUGUGUUUGGGCUUUUCAAUAGGAAAUAUGGAAAUACUUAUGGAGAUGAUCAUAGAGCCUGCUGCACAAGGUGCUUAGAGUUAAGUUGAACAAUAUUUGCUGAAUAGUGCUGGCACUUUCAAUAAAGGCUGACAUGAUA